GCGGCGCGCCUGCGGAGGAUGGUGCGCCUGGCGGCCGAGCUGCUGCUGCUGCUCGGGUUGCUGCUGCUCACGCUGCACAUCACCGUGCUCCGCGGCUCGGGAGCCGCCGACGGCGCCCCCGGAGCCGGGGCCAACGCCAGUCGGAGCCGCCCGCCGACUAAUCUUAAUGUGGAAAGUGACUCUUCAUCCGAAACCAGCUUUCCUCUUCUUAAAGAAGUGCCAGGGGAGCCUCUGGACCAGCAGGCUUCACAAGAACCCUUCCCCAGGCAGGGAUUCCGGCAAGAGGCUGGCCGCCCUUCACUGCAGAGAGACAGCCCCACAUCCUUUCUCCUUGAUCUACCCAACUUUCCAGAUCUUUCAAAAGCUGAUCUGAAUGGGCAGAACCCAAAUAUCCAGGUCACCAUAGAGGUGGUGGAUGGCCCUGACUCUGAAGCAGAUAAAGAUCAGCAUCCAGGGACUAAGCCCAGCUGGUCAGUCCCCUCCCCUGACUGGCGGGCGUGGUGGCAGAGAUCCUUGUCCUUGGCCAGAGCCAACAGCGGGGACCAGGACUACAAAUAUGACAGUACCUCCGAUGACAGCAACUUCCUCAACCCCCCGAGAGGGUGGGACCAUCUGGCCCCAGGCCACCGGACUUUUGAAACCAAAGAGCAGCCAGAAUAUGAUUCCACAGAUGGUGAGGGUGACUGGAGCCUUUGGUCUGUGUGCAGUGUCACCUGUGGGAAUGGCAACCAGAAGCGAACCAGGUCAUGUGGCUACGCAUGCACUGCUACAGAAUCCAGGACAUGUGACCGUCCCAACUGCCCAGGGGUUGAAGACACCUUCCUGACAGCUGCCACUGAAGCAAGCCUUCUCGCAGGAAGUGAGGAGUUCAAUGCCACCAAAUUGUUAGAUGUUGACACAGACAGCUGUGAGCGAUGGAUGAGCUGCAAGAGUGAAUUCUUAAAGAAGUACAUGCACAAGGUGCUCAAUGAUCUACCCAGCUGCCCUUGCUCCUACCCCACAGAGGUGGCCUACAGCACAGCAGACAUCUUUGACCACAUUCUGCACAAGAACUUCCGCUGGAAGGAUGCCAGUGGGCCCAAGGAGAAGUUGGAGAUCUACAAGCCCACUGCCCGCUACUGUAUCCGCUCCAUGCUGUCCCUGGAGAGCACCACAUUGGCUGCCCAGCACUGUUGCUAUGGUGACAAUAUGCAGCUCAUCACUAGAGGCAAAGGUGCGGGCACACCCAACCUCAUCAGCACAGACUUCUCAGCAGAACUCCACUACAAAGUGGAUGUGCUACCCUGGAUUCUCUGUAAGGGUGACUGGAGCAGGUACAAUGAGGCUCGACCUCCCAAUAAUGGGCAGAAGUGCACAGAGAACCCCUUGGAGGAAGACUAUCUCAGGCAGUUCCAGGAGGCCAGGGAGUACUAGAGAGUUGCCAACUCUGGUGCCUGUCAAUCAGAUGUACCACAUGACCUGAUUCACAGGGCCAACUCUCCUGUAAGUGUAUAUUUGUACAGACCACAGUAGGAUUAUCCAGAAAUUAUACUAUGUAUGUGCACCAGAUUGUGUAUGCAGUUGCCCUUGUAGAAUGAUUGUGGACCUUCUUGGAAGUCCUUUGAGCAGUGAUGUUACCAAAAAAUGAGGAUAAAGAAG